AUGUCAGGGGUACUAGGUAACGUUGAGGGAAAACAUUGUAUAUUAAUUGAUGAUAUUGUAGAUAGUGGGCAGACGAUUUCAGCGGUGAGCGCGCAGAGAGAAGAAUAUCAUUUUGACCUAAUACGCAUUGGAGCAGCACUAUAUGGUAUUAACCCGUCAGGGGCCCUACUAAACAACCCGCUACAUAACCCUGUGAGAUUAACAGCACCAAUAAUCCAGCUACAAGAAUUAUCAGCAGAAGAUUAUAUCGGUUAUAAUAUGACUUUCAAAACAGAUCGUAAUAGUAUAAUUGCUACCCUGCCUCUUGGAUAUGCUGAUGGUUAUUCUCGCGCUCUUAGCAAUUAUGGAGAAGUAUUUAUUGAUUCCUAUAGGGCUCCUGUGGUGGGUAGAAUUUCAAUGGAUUUAAUUACUAUUGAUGUCACUGAUCUACCACCAGAAAAAUUUUUUCUAGGACAACAAGUAGAAAUUAUAGGGAAUAAUUGUACACCAGAUCAAAUUGCCAAUAUAAUCAAUACCAUUGGUUAUGAAGUAUUAACCAUGAUGGGUAAUAGAUAUAAAAAAGUUUAUAAAAAUGAUUCUUAA